AUGUCCGUGGCCAUUCCCCAAGAUCAUGCCGGGUAUGACGACUCCCUUGCAUUCCGAGAUCGCUACAGACACCCUGGCCACGAGGACCGGCUGGAGCCCAAGGACGGCGAUGACGACCACAAGCAUGCGAGUGAGGAUCUGUCCCGCACCGACGGCGUGUCGGCUGACCAGGAGCUUGAGGCCUUUGGCUACACGCCUGAGCUCGCUCGCAGUCGAUCGACGCUGCAGGUGGCCUUCAUGUCCUUUGUCUUGGCCGCCAUUCCCUACGGCCUCGCGACCACAUUCUUCUAUCCGCUCGUUGGCGGCGGUGCCACCAACAUCAUCUGGGGCUGGGUUGGCGUCUCGGCCAUCAUCCUCUGCGUGGCCGCGUCGCUUGGCGAGAUCACCAGCGUCUACCCGACCUCGGGCGGCGUCUACUACCAGACCUUUAUGCUCGCACCGCUGCGCUGGCGCCGCGUCGCCAGCUGGAUCUGCGGCUGGCUCUACGUCGUCGGCAACAUCACCAUCACGCUGUCGGUCAACUUUGGCACCGCCCUCUUCCUUGUCUCUUGCAUCAACGUCUUCGAGACCGACGGCGUCGGCAUCUUUCCCGGCGAGCCCUACCAGGUCUUUCUCGUCUUCCUUGGCAUCACUAUCCUGUCCGUCCUCGUCUCGUCUCUAGGAAAUCGCUGGCUUCCCAUUUUGGAUAACGGGCGCCGCAGCGCAAAAUACGUCUUUACCAGCUUUGAGCCGCGCUCUGGUUGGGUUCCAGGCUGGUCUUUCUGCGUGGGUCUGCUGCAGGCGGCAUAUGCGACGUCCUCGAGUGGCAUGAUUAUCUCAAUGUGCGAAGAAGUCCAGCAGCCGGCCACACAGGUCCCCAAGGCCAUGGUGGGCACCAUUGUGCUCAACACGCUGUGCGGCCUCCUCUUCCUGAUUCCGGUGGUCUUUGUGCUGCCGGACAUCGACGAGCUGGUCGCGCUGGCUUCGGGACAGCCGUUUCCGAGCAUCAUCAAGUCGGCCGUGGGUUCUCCUGGUGGUGCCUUUGGCCUCCUGGUCCCGCUGCUCGUCCUGGCCCUCAUCUGCGGCAUCGGCUGCACGACUGCGGCGUCUCGGUCGACCUGGGCUUUUUCCCGCGACGGUGCCAUCCCUGCGAGCCACCUCUGGAAGAAGAUCGACACAAAGCUGGACGUGCCGAUGAACUCCAUGCUGCUGAACACAGGUGUUCAGAUCGUACUCGGCGCCAUCUACUUUGGCUCGACCGCCGCCUUCAACGCCUUCUCCAGUGUCGGCGUCAUCUGUCUCACCACGUCCUAUGCUGCCCCGAUCGCUGUGAGUCUGAUAGGAGGCCGGCGGGCCGUUAAGACGGGCAGCUUCUACCUCGGCCCAAUGGGGCUCGUAUGCAACGUCAUUGCGCUCGCCUGGUCGCUGCUUGCAAUUCCGCUCUUCUGCAUGCCGUCGACCCUGCCAGUCGCAGCGACUACUAUGAAUUACGCCUCUGUCGUGUUUGCAGCCUUUGUGCUCAUCUCGGUUGGAUGGUAUGCUGUCUGGGGCCACAGCAACUACACUGGUCCCCCAGAAGCACAUUAG